AUGUCACGAGCCUGUCGCCGCUGGCAACUCGUCGACUCCGCUGGCGUCGUGCGGGAAGCUUCGACUAGGAUCAGUGCUGUAACGCAUCCGUGCCGCUCAGGCCGGUUGCGAGUAAGUUGUUGGAGUCGUGCACGGUGCGCCGUCGGAGCCUAUAACGAGACGGACCCCACUUCGGGCGUGCAAUUUUCAGAAUGA